ACAUCUACAUAGUUUGUUGUCCCACUAUGAAGGUUUUAAUUUCACUGACCCUGCAAGGAUUAAGCCAGUGUAGGAAAUGGAUGAAUAUUACUGAUAUAUGUUCCCUCAUGAUGCUGUUCAUUCUCUUUAGCUGGAGCAACAUUAGCAUCUCGGUUAACUGCUCUAGAUAUUUUCCAGGUAUGGAUCAAUAACCUUGCUAUUUGUCCUUAAAUCUGAACCAACAACGCAGUAAGACAGGUGGAAAUACUUUUCAAUUUCCAUAUGCUCAUACAAAGUUAUGUAAACAGAAGCACUAACUUGGAAACAUUUAGUACAUACUUCCAGAUUACCAGCAGGUAAGAAAAUGAUUUGAUCAGCACGGUACCAGCAGGUCUGGAACAGCUCCAGAAUGUCAUGAUCCUGGUUUUCUCCGUUCGGUGCUUUUUCUCUGUGUGGGUGGGGCUGAGCAGGCUGCACCAGAGACGAUCAGGAGGAAUUUGCACAUCAAUGGCUUACCUACUGAACUGGUUCAUUACCAGAACUAGAUCUAAGUAAUGCCAGUAAACCCUCCAGCUUUACUGGCAUGACAAGGAGGUCCCAGUGGAAAGGAUUUCUGCAUUACAAAGUGGAGGGAACUACACCAAGAUGGGGUUAGAGACUUUGCAGGGGAAUCACCACAUGUUGCAGUGAGCAUCCCUCUUGACUGGGGGUCCUUGUCUGCAGCAAUGACUUGCUCUUUCAACAGGAAAACUACAGUUUACACCCUUUGACAAAGGACUUCUUCCAGGAGAAUAUCAUCCUUCUUUUGAACCAUUCUACAUGUCCCCCUGAUCGAAAUCCCAUGGAAAACCUUUGAUUUGAUAGAAAGCAAUCUGCUGUUCUGUGUAUGAAUGUGCGUUGGUGAGGGCAGCUGAUGAAUUUAAAAACAGCCUGAGUCGGCAUGAUUCGAAAAGCACCACAAAAUUUGCUCCAUAUAGAAUUUACAACAAAUACAACCAAACUCUGUUGGAUUUAAUCAUUUGCCCUUUGCAUUGUAAAGACCAAGACUUAAGACCGGAUAAAAUGUCAAUACUUCAACGUUCACAAGGCUCACAUUUGUGCAGUGGUGGGUCAAGAUGCUUGCAACUGUGCCAGUAUUUUAAAUUAGCACAAUCUGGUGGCAGCAGGCUGUAACAUGUAGCCUGGCCAUGUUUUACAGGGAUAGCUCCCCCACCUCAGCGUUCUCUGUGUUCUAAUAUUUGGUUGGAACAGGAAGUGACACGUUUACCAUCAACAGUGGGCGUGGGAUUGUUGUUGGUUUUUUUUGCAACACUUUCACAGAGUUGGGGUGAUUCAGUAUUUGCACAGGCAGAUGCCACUUUUAGAUCACCUAAUGCGUGUCUAAUACUUAAUAAAACAAACCCAUUUAGGUAUUAAAUGUAUAAUUUUUCUAAGCAACUAACAUCCCUUUUUCACAAAAAGCUGACUACAGCAGCAAUGAGUAUUUAUAAACAGACAAAGGAAGUGGAAAAGAAAGUGUUACCCAACACUGGACAGCAGGAAAUUUUGGAACUAGGAAAAUAACCUACAUGAGACAUCAACUUUGUGAGAAAAUUCUGACUGCUAAAUUUGUUGAAUCUCAUCACCCAUGACGACAAAGCAAAAUGAUACCAGAGGAAACACCAAAAGUUUGGAACAAGAAUGUCUAGCAGUUGCUGAAUAGAAAUGGGGUGCCGCCCUGGACAUGUCAUCAGUCAAUAACAGGGCCAUCUUACAGGCAUACAAGACAAACGGUCACUUAAAAGAAAGUUUGAACAUUCAUUUAAGCUAAUAUGCAUGUUUUAUGACUGGAGGGCUGAAGGAGAAAAGCAAUGAAUACAGGAGAGACAAUUGUUGGAACUCCACACAGGGAGGUCCUAGUCAAGCUGUGAUUUAAAUCCAGGACCAUCAGUACUAAGAACUCAUGUUUGACCUCAUUAGGACAACAGCAGACAUUUUACCUUAACUGCACUCCAAAAGGAAAUCUAAGAAUCCAUGCAUUGGGCACUACAGCUUGCUGUCACUGUAAGAGUAAUUGUUGAUGAAACAAGUAAAAAAGAAAUCUUAAGAUUGAAAUAUACAGUGUGUUUGCCCCUUUGCAAAUUUAUUUUGUUCUUACUUUUUGUUGCUCUUUGAUAUUUCAGAUCAUUAAACAAAUUUUAACCUUGUACAUACCUGACACCCUGAGUAAACACUAAGAGCAUUUUUCAAAUGGUGAUUUAACUGAUUAAGGGGGAAAAAGCUCUCCAAAUCAAGAGGAGAGAUGGUUCUUCUUGUUAAAUCAUGAAUGAAUUGGAAAUAAACUAGAUUUUAUUUUUAGAAACUUGAGCUCUAUUUGAGAAGUCAAACUUAGGCCUGAUUUAUACCUGACCUGCAGAUAUAAGUAAUUCAAACAACCUCUCUGGUGGGUGACAGAUCUAAAGAGAAAUCUUAAAAGUAUAUUGAAAAAGAAAAUCAUCAUAAUCUAUCAGUGUGGAAAGAGUUACAAACCAUGUCUAAGACUUUAGGGCACCAGCCAACAGCAGUGGGAGCCAUGAUCUACAACUGGAGGAAAUAUGCUGAACGUUCCCAGGAGAGGCCGGUCGACCACAAUUACUUCAAGAGCAAAAUCAAUGAUUCAUCCAGGAGGUCACAAAACCACCCAGGAUGACGUCCAAAGCUCUGCAGGCCUCAGUUACCUCUGUUAAGGUCAGGGGUCAUGGCUAGCAUGAUGUAACAAUGAGCCAAUGUUACAUGUCAAAUAGCAUAUUAUUGUUUUAAAAAUUAAAUAAUAGAAAACAGUUAAACAAUCAAUCAAUCAAUCAUUUUGUUUUUCCUUUUGUUUGGUUGGAAUUUGUAUUUGUUUUCUGUGUGUGUCUUCACCUGUAGUGUACAGACCUCAUUCUCAGGUGCGCAGACAAAACAGUCCCCAGGGGUUUGCACACAAUUUAUUGGUUCUGGGUAUGGCUCAAACUAAGAGGCGGAUUAAAGAGGGGUGAUACUGGCCAGAGCGAAUCUUUCUGUUCAUACAGGUCUUCAAGUAAUUAUUGGAAUGUAUUUAAGAUAUUUUCAGUUUGUAUUAGUUUGUAACUGUAUUGUUUUGUUUGCUGUUUGUCUAAUGUAAAUAGUGUUGUAUUUUUCCAUUUUCAUUUGAUGCAACCCUAAGUAGCAUCAAAUGAAUAGUUUUUCCCAAUUUAGGUUGAUUUGUAUUUAAGCUGUUUGUCAUUUGUUGUUCGGUAUUGGUGGUUCUGUUUGGUUACACAGAACUGGCUACAAAACCAUUUAAAAAGAAAGAAAGAAAGAAAGAAAGAAAGAAAGAAAGAAAGAAAGAAAGAAAGAAACUUCCACAAAUAUCACUUCUUGCUUUGUUUUAUGAAUGUUAUUUGGGUCCCACUUCCAUGGCCACUCAACCAGUUGGACAAGCACGCGACAUAUGAACACAAUUAGAUCUGACCUUAAACAAACUCAGCAUUUCUCAGAAGGAGAAUAAAAAUAUACUGUGCAAACGUCUGGGUGGAAGUUCACCAAAGAAUGAAGGCUUGCUAAUUCUCUGUAAAGUAUUUUCUGUGCUACCAAUAAAGUUUUGAGUGGUUUGUAUUGCAGAUGUACUGGUAUUCCUGACAGGAGUGAUAACAGUGAUAGUACAUGAAGAAGCUUGAUAAACAACAUGAUGUGGGUGUAUACUUUAGAAGAGGAAGACUGAUUUGGGGAAAAAAGGUCUGAGUCAGCUUCUCAGUAGCUGUAAACAUUGGGUGUCUAUUAGAACUGCUGUCUGACCUACUGACAGGAAUGAAGGGUUCUGACUGAGUGAUGUGGUCGGCUGAGAAUAUGGUUAAUUUUAGGACAACAAUAUGGCCUGUUUCAGUCAUGUUGUGGACGUUAUUAUGGGGUGCUGCCUGCGACACUCAGCCCCCAGCAGAGGAAGUGGAACUUUUCAGCUCUGACAAACAGACCAACCUGGGAUGGCAGUCAAAGCCACCUGGAAAGUGGACUGAAUUGUCACUACCAGUCAGUGCUGGAAGUUCUGUGCCUGUGCUCCAAGCUUGUGAGAAAGGAGAAGAAAGAUCGGUCUUAAGCAAGUGGAUGGAGCGUAGAGAUGCCCACGAUUUAUUGAUGGAUAUUUCAGUUGCCCAAGAGGAAGAAUCAUCUGGCGAGCUCAGCCCACUAAAAGUUCAUCUUUUUGACACAGACUAUGCCAUCACAAAGUUUUCGAAUGGUCGGACUGUCCUGGACCUUCAGAAUACCAAACUGUUCAUUACAGUUCUCCCAAACUCAUUAUCCCAGUAUCUGAACCGCAGCCUGUCCUUGAACCUGGGUCCAGUCACACGCAGAGGAUUCCAGCUCGCCUUCUCCUACAGAGGAGAAUGUGUGUUUAUAGCAUCCAUCAGAGUAUAUUAUAAAAGUUGCCCUGACAUUGUUUCCAACCUGACAUCUUUUAUGAAAACGGCGGCAAACUCAGAGCCCGUGUUUGGUCGAUGUGUGGCGGGAGCUGUAAAGUCAUCUCCUCCUGUAAGAGAGUGUGGCCCAGAUGGGGUGUGGGGGUCACUCCAAGGUGCCUGCUUCUGUGAGCGUGGGAGGGAAGAGAUGGACAAAGCAUGUAAAGCCUGCAGAAUGGGUUACUACAAAUCCACUAAUGGCGGAGGAGGAUGCCAGCUGUGCCCUCCCAAUACCAGGACGACUAAGGAGGGAUCGGAGAACUGCGAAUGCCUGCAGGGAUUCGGCCGUUUGCCCUCUGACCCUCAUGACCUUGGCUGCAGUAAGCCACCCUCUGCUCCUUUAAAUCUAACCGCCAGUCCAGUUAACGACUCAGUGCUGGUCCUGACAUGGGACCCUCCCAAUGACACGGGGGGAAGGAAAGACGUAACAUACCGCUUAAAGUGUGAGAAGGCAGCAGAGAUGGGCAGCCAGUGGGAGAGAUGUGGGGACAAAAUGGUUUUCCAGCCAGACUCAAAUGAGCUGAACAACACAUCAGUCACCAUCCUGGGACUGAACCCACAACGUCACUACAGACUGUCAGUGCAAACCUGGAAUGAUAUUUCCCCUGUGCAGGCAACAUCACAUUCAUCCACUGCAACUGUCAUCAUACACAGAUGGAGGAAUCCUCCUGGGUUGAUCACUGUGAUUCCUGCUUUAAAUAACUCAGGUGGUGAAAUUACCCCAGCUCCUGCACGAGAGUCAUCCUUCUAUCGCUCCAUAUGGCUCACAGUUGUUAUUUUACUCAGCACGGUGUCACUUACAGUCGUAAUCUUUGCUGCAAUGUAUUACUUGCGCAGAAACUACACUAAACUCAGAUCAGAACCCGACCAGGAAAUGCAGCUCUUCCCAGUGAGUCCAGAGAUUUCCUACCGUCUUCCACACAUUCUAGAGUCUGCCACAGAUCAGCCUAACAUUUCAGAGGGAGUGAUCCCGUUACUGGUAGAGCUUGGUGACGAUAUGUUGGACAGUCUGAAGGACGUCUUAGUGGAAAGAAACCAACUAACCCUGGGCAAGGAGCUAGGCAAAGGAGAGUUUGGAUCAGUGUAUGAAGGGAUCUUUACGCAGGCUGGUGUUGACAUCCAGGUGGCUGUGAAAACUAUGAGAGUUGGAAUUUACAGCAAGCAAGACUUGCAUGAGUUCUUGAGAGAGGCAGAAAUAAUGAAGAGUUUUGAUCAUGAAAACGUCGUCAGACUGCUUGGUGUCACCUUAAAAAAAGUGGAGGAUUCUCCUCUGCCUUUACCUCUAGUCAUCCUUCCAUACAUGAAACAUGGGGACCUACGGCGAUUUCUUAUUGCUACACGCUAUGGUGACAUUCCAAUGUUUGUUCCCUACCAAACGCUCCUGCGAUUUAUGACUGACAUUGCAGCAGGGAUGGACUAUUUGAGCUCAAAGGGAUUUCUGCACAGAGACUUGGCUGCACGCAACUGCAUGCUGGGGGACAAUCUAAGGGUUUGUGUGGCUGACUUUGGCCUUUCCAAGAAAAUCUGCAGCAGCGAUUACUACCGUCAGAAAGUCGUUAUCCGUGUGCCAAUCAAGUGGAUGGCCAUUGAGAGCCUGUCUGAGUCUGUCUACACAACCAAAAGUGAUGUGUGGUCAUUCGGAGUAACUAUGUGGGAGAUUGUGUCCCGAGGAAAGACUCCAUAUCCUGCUGUCCACAACUAUGAACUGCUGGACCUGUUGGCGUCAGGUCACAGACUCAAACCACCUGAAGACUGUGAUCCCAAGCUUUAUGAAAUCAUGAAGAGUUGCUGGAAUUCAGAGCCAAAAUUGAGGCCAGACUUCAGGCAUCUGCUUGAGGAACUGAAAGGACUUCUGUCUGAGCUCCCGGUCCUGGAAGCCUGGCAGGAGGCCAGAUACAUCAACCAAGGAUUAGAAGCUGCUACUGGUGCUGCUGCCGAGUCCGAGAACCUUCAGACAGACUCUGGAGGAAGACAGGAAAAUGUCUACCUGUCCUCCCCUGUGGGUGCAUUCGGAUGUGGAACAGUGCCACCCUAACCACCUCUGUUAUUUAGACUUCAAUAUUGUGAUAUAUUGCAUCCUUCCAUUGUAUCCACACACACACACACACACACACACACACACACACACACACACACACACACACACACUCCAGAAGGCCAUUUAAAUUCUCCAGUUCUAUCAAAUAUAUAUAUUUUAUAUUUUCAUAUUGUUUAUUUUUGGUCCAUUUCUUUAAAAUCAUCAUAGUCUGACUUGUUUAGGAAUGUUGUUAUGACAGUUUUUUCACUAUUUGACAAUAAACAGACUAAACCUUCCCUGUCUAGGUCCGUUAGAAUGACCAAUAUUAUUUGUAUUUGCUCAACACUGUGACAAUGAGUGUUGAGUUUUAGAUUUUUUUUCAAAAUAAAUGUACAGCAAUUAAACAUUU